GUCGGACAGUCACCACCACAGCCACCAUGGUACGCAGCAUCAGCUUGUGCAAAGUGUUCCUGCUGAUGAUCCUCGGCCUCCUGGUCGCCUUCGUUCACACAGAGACAGUCGCAGACCCGGCCUCAACGACCAGGGACAACCAGGACACCAUGUCAGGGGAGCCACCCAGCGACGUCACCACCAGAGACCCCUUCCAGGACAUGACAGAGCAGUCCAUCACUAACGACUACGAGGACACCACACAUCCCCAGGCCAUGGACGAUGAGGAGGGGGUGCUGGGGCCGGGCGCCAUAACCGCCAUCGUCAUAGCAGUCUUCCUGGGAGCGUCCGUCCUCCUCGCCCUCAUCGUCAUCACACUGAGGAAGUUCACCGCAUCCUAGAGUGAACGCGUCCCAUCUUUUGUGUUUGCGUGUGUGUGCAUGCAUGUGUGUGCAUGUGUGUGUGUGUAUGGACGUGUGGGUGUUUGUGUGUCUUCUGCCUCUCAUCUCAAUCUUUAACCUCCUCUCUCUCCUCUGAGCUGCUUCUUUCACUUCACUGUAGAUGCUGAACACUGUGGCAGGUCCCUCGACUGAAUAUUUUAAAGAUUUACUCCUGUAAACACUCAUACACACACACACACACACACACACACACACUAACUGUUGCUCAACAUGUUCACUUAUUCCUGAAGGUAUGAUGUUAGAAACUGGCUGGCUCUUCCAGUGGAAACUGUAGCACGUCCAUGUCAUUUUUAUUUUUUACGCUCUAUAGGCCUUUUAAUGUUGAGCAUUUAGUUUGUCUUGAGAGUUUGCAUGCGUUUGCUUUUGUUUGUACAUGAAGUGUGUGUGUGCGCACGUGUGUGUGUGCGUGUGUGUAUUUGUGUGUUGCUCGGGUUAUUAGUCUUUCAAAGAUUUUACCUUCCGCUAAAUAUCCUUUCUGAAAUAUUCCCCUUGGUUUCAGCCAUGUACACGUUUUGAAGUUUGUGUUGAACCUUGUACAAACAUUUGUUGAGUCAGAAUAAGAAGAGGGCAGUUUUUAAAAGGCUCCUUCACUGGAUGUAAACAGGGUCGUCUGUUUUACCUGCAGAGCAAACAUGAAGUCACUGUGAGGGUGAAUGUGUGUUGUGCUCUCAAGUGACUGUACUUUUUUGUUGUUAUUGUUUUAGUAAAGUAAUUUGGACUUUUUCUAUUCGCCUCCUACCCUCGGCGGUACAGCUUGAUGUUGCCACGGUAAUUUCACCACCCGAAGUUUGUUUGUUUUAUUUUUUAAAUUUAAACAGAAUAAGUGAAU